UGACGGGUGUGAUCAUGGAAGAUAUAUAUUGGGACAAUUUUCUCGCAUCAGAUGAAGCUACAUGAGUUUAGAGGAGAGCCACGACGUGUGUCUCCCUCUCUCUCACACCGACCCCCCUCCUCCUCCGCUGGCAAUUUAUAAAGAACAAAAAAUUCGACUAGGGAGGGGGUUGAUACGCCGAAGCUGAAAUCGAGAGGCGAACCCAGGAAAGGAGUAUAUUGUACACGCGACUUCCCCCCCCCUUCGUCCCCCAAAAGGAGGGGGAAAAGUCAGAAUUGUGGAAUCGAAAAGGAAAAUAAGGUUCAAAAGACGUGAAAACGUCUUCCGUUGUGGAUACCGUAUAUAUUUUUAAUUCGAAAAAAUAUGGCCGAGAACGUUCUGGACUCUGGCCCGCCUUCAGCCAAGAGGCCUAAACUAUCCUCUCCGGCACUGUCUGUCUCCGCCAGCGAUGGAAACGACUUCGGCUCGUUGUUUGACCUGGAGCACGACCUCCCGGACGAGCUUAUCAACUCCUCAGAGUUGGGCCUGGUCAAUGGAGGGGACCUCAGCCAACUGCACACCAGCCUGGGAGGUGGGAUGGGCCUGGGCCCUGGGGGAGGGUGUGGCCAGGACGCGGUGGCCAAGCACAAGCAGCUCUCCGAGCUCCUUCGGUCAGGCGCUCCACACGCCUCCACCCAGCAGGGCGCAGUGGGCAGCACAGGCGGGGCCAGCAUGGGCCACCUGGGAAACAUGAAGGUGUCCCCUGGGCCCCAGGGCAUGGGCCAGCAGCAACACCUCUCCCCCCAGCAGCAGGCCAGCAUGAUGCAGCAGCAGGCGGGGAUGGUGGGCAGCAUGAACCGGGGAAUGAUGGGGGCCCAGAAGGGCAAUGGUCAGCAGCAGCAAUCCAUGAUGGGUGGGCAGGUGAUGAACGGAUCCCCCAGGAUGGGCUUCUUGAACCAGGGGAUUGGGGGGAACAAUAACCUGCUGGCUGAGACUCUGCAGCAACAACAGCAGCAGGGGGCUGGUGGACAGGCUGGACUCAGAGUACAGCAACCUGGAGCAAUGAACAAGAUGGGUAUGAUGGGUAACCCGGGCUCCUAUGGAGGCCCCUAUGGAGGGCAGCAGGCAGGCCAGGGCCUGGGGGGAGCAGGGCUGGGCCCUCCGCUCCAGAACAAAGGCUCCAUGCCCAACAGCCUGGCCCAGUUCAGCAUGGACAAGAAGAGCCAGCCCAUGCAGGGCAUGUCUGCCAUGGCCUCCCAGCAGUCCGCUGCAGGUGUGGGCGGUGGAGCCGGAGGCACUGCAGGGAUGGUCCCCAACGCCCAGGGAGGCCUGGGGCCCGCCGUGUCUGUAGCCGCAGCUGCCGCAGCAGCCGGGGCACCCCCUACGGCCGACCCUGAGAAGCGCAAGCUUAUCCAGCAGCAACUAGUGCUCCUGCUACACGCACACAAGUGCCAGCGGCGGGAGCAAGCCAACGGGGAGGUGCGCCAGUGCAACCUGCCACACUGCCGCACCAUGAAGAACGUUCUCAACCACAUGACCCACUGCCAGGCUGGCAAGUCUUGCCAAGUGGCUCACUGUGCUUCAUCCAGACAGAUCAUCUCUCACUGGAAGAACUGUACACGGCACGACUGUCCAGUCUGCCUGCCACUCAAGAACGCUGGGGACAAGAGGAACCAGCAGUCCCUGCUAGGAGGUGCUGGUGUAGGUCUGGGUAGUUCCCUGGGCUCAGUGCCUGGAGGCCAGCCCAGCGCCCCAAACCUCAACCCCCCCAGCCAGAUCGACCCCAGCUCCAUCGAGAGGGCCUACGCCGCCUUGGGCCUCACUUACCAGGGCCUGCAGAGCCAGCCCAACCAGGCUUCUCUGCCCUCACAGGGCCUGCAGAGCCAACCGGGCAUGAGGCCGCUCAAUCCCAUGGGGGGUAACCCAAUGGGAGUGAAUGGAGGUGUGGGUGUUUCACCCCAGAACCAGCAGGCCAGCCUGCUACAGGACACCAUGCUACACCUUAACAUGAACUCCCAGGGUCUGAUGAGUGAUGCGGGCGGGGCGGGUAACAUGGGAUGCAUGCCCACGGCGACCCCUCCCUCGGCAGCGGGCAUGAGGAAGAGCUGGCACGAGGACAUCACCCAGGACCUGAGGAACCACUUGGUGCACAAACUGGUGCAAGCCAUCUUCCCGACCCCAGACCCUGCUGCUCUGAAGGACAGGCGGAUGGAGAACCUAGUGGCGUAUGCUAGGAAGGUGGAGGGGGACAUGUACGAGUCUGCCAACAGCAGGGCGGAGUACUACCACCUGUUGGCUGAGAAGAUCUAUAAGAUCCAGAAGGAGUUGGAGGAGAAGAGGCGGACGCGACUCCAGAAGCAGGAUGGUCCCCUCCCUGACCACUCUCUGGUGCGGCCCGGUGGACCCAACCAGAUGGUUAAUAGGAUGCAGAACCCUGCAGGUAUGAACCAGUUCAACCAGAUGGGGAUGCAGUCUAUGGGUCAGAGGUCGACCCCUCCUCUCCCCCUCACACCCAUCAACCAGAUGGGCAUGGGGAACCCCAGGAUGAGCCAGCCCAACGUGGGCCAGCUCCAGAACCAGUACCUGCCCCAGGGACAGUUCCCAGGCUUAGGUCCAGGCCUCAGCACGGGUCAGCCCGGCAUGGCACAGCCUAGUAUGAACCAGCAAGGCAACCAGGGAGGCAUGGCACAGCCUAGUAUGAACCAGCAAGGCAACCAGGGAGGCAUGGCACAGCCUAGUAUGAACCAGCAAGGCAACCAGGGAGGCAUGGCACAGCCUAGUAUGAACCAGCAAGGCAACCAGGGAGGCAUGGCACAGCCUAGUAUGAACCAGCAAGGCAACCAGGGAGGCAUGGCACAGACUCAGAUACCCAUUCCUUCCCCUCUCCCCGUCAACAGCCCUCUAGCCGGGCCCGGCUCGGUCGGAGGGGGUAGUGGUGUCCCCUCGGUGGGGCCCAUGGGUCCCCAGAGUGUGGGUGGAGGCCCCUUGUCCAACAACCCCCAGCAGCCCAACUCCAUCCCCCACCUCGCGGCCAAGCGCCAGAGUUCGCCCUCCCCUGCCCGCAGUCUCACCCCCACACCCCACCAAACGCCACCCAGGCUAGCUGGCUCACAGACCCCCCAGCCCCACACCCCCAACCCGUCCCAGCUGGCCCCCCCAGGAUCUCAGCAGCAGCUAGGGCCCGGCAGCCAGGGGCCAGGCUCCAACAAGCCCAUGCAGCAGGGGAUGGGGGCGGGGUCCACCACCCCAUCGCACCCUGGUCACCCCUCCACAACCCCCAACCCCCAUGGAGGCCAGCUCCCUCGCACGCCUCGCACUCCGAUGUCCCAGAAGGGUGGUUUCCAAUCCCAGGACGGUCAGGCUCUGACCCCAGCAUCGGUCAGCAGUGUGGACACAGCCUCCCAGCAGGCCUCCCAUUCGGAUGCCUCAGCCUCCGUGGACCCCAAGACGGAGGUCAAGCAGCAGCAGGACGAGGAAGACGACGGGGAGGAAGGCUGCUCCAAGGGGGGGAAGUUAUCCAACGUCAAGAUGGAGAACAAACCCAUCAAAAUGGAGGGGGUGAAGAAAGAGGAGUGUGGGGGCAAAGGUGUUCCCAUGGAAACGUCAUCAUUGGUGGGUGUAAAGAGUGAAGACAGGGUGAAGACUGAAGACCGGAAGCCAGAGGUGAAGAAGGAGCUAAAAGAGGAAGAGAAGGGAUCUGAGUCCCCUGGUACACCGUCUGGUGCCCAGAACAAGAGGAAGAUCUUUAAGCCAGAGGAGCUGCGCCAGGCCCUCAUUCCCACCCUGGAAUCUCUAUACAGACAGGACCCAGAGUCUCUGCCCUUCAGACAGCCUGUGGACCCUCACCUACUGGGCAUACCUGACUACUUUGACAUAGUGAAGACCCCCAUGGACCUGUCCACUAUAAAGCGGAAGCUUGACACGGGUCAGUACCAGGAACCCUGGCAGUAUGUGGACGACAUCUGGGUCAUGUUAAACAAUGCCUGGCUAUACAACCGCAAGACGUCCCGUGUCUACAAGUACUGCUCCAAGCUGGCUGAGGUGUUCGAGGCCGAGAUAGACCCCGUCAUGGUCAGCCUGGGUUACUGCUGCGGCAGGAAGUUGGAGUUUUCUCCCCAGACGUUGUGCUGCUAUGGGAAGCAGCUGUGCACUAUACCCCGGGACGCUGCCUACUUCAGCUACCAGAACAGUUCACCAAAAUUUGGGCUUCUUGCUGACAGGUACCACUUCUGUGAGAAGUGCUUCAACGAAAUCCAGGGGGACAACGUGUCCCUAGGAGACGACCCCUCCCAGCCUCCGACUUCCAUCGGUAAAGAUCAGUUUGAGAAGAAGAAGAAUGACACAUUGGACCCUGAAUUGCUUGUGGAAUGUAUGGACUGUGGACGUAAGAUGCACCAGAUCUGUGUCCUGCACAACGACACUAUCUGGCCGUUAGGUUUUAAUUGUGAUGGCUGCUUAAAGAAGUUGAAUAAGACACGUAGAGAGAACAAGUAUGCCGCCAAAAGGUUGCCCCACACUAAGCUGGGCUGUUAUUUGGAGACGAGGGUGAAUGACUUCCUGAAACGUCAGAGCCACCCUGAGUCGGGUGACGUCACCAUUCGAGUCGUCCACGUCUCUGACAAGGUGGUGGAGGUCAAACCAGGCAUGAAGUCCAGGUUUGUGGACACUGGGGAGAUGUGUGAGUCGUUCCCAUAUAGAACGAAAGCCCUGUUUGCCUUUGAGGACAUCGAUGGCGCUGACGUCUGCUUCUUCGGCAUGCAUGUACAGGAGUACGGCUCGGACUGCCCUCCUCCCAAUCAGAGACGAGUGUACAUCUCGUACCUGGACAGUGUUCACUUCUUCCAGCCUCGUUCUCUGAGGACUGGUGUCUACCAUGAGAUUCUCAUUGGCUACUUGGAGUAUGUCAAGAAGCUGGGGUACACGACGGGUCACAUCUGGGCGUGCCCACCUAGUGAAGGGGACGACUACAUUUUCCACUGUCACCCUAUGGACCAGAAGAUCCCCAAGCCCAAGAGGCUACAGGAGUGGUAUAGGAAGAUGCUGGACAAGGCUGUGGCGGAGCGCAUAGUGCACGACUUCAAGGACAUCUUCAAGCAGGCCACGGAAGACCGUCUGACCAGUGCCAAGGAGUUGCCGUACUUUGAGGGGGACUUCUGGCCCAACGUGCUGGAGGAGAGCAUCAAGGAGCUGGAGCAGGAGGAGGAGGAGAGGAAGAGGGAGGAAAACAGCACUUCCAACGAGAGCGUAGAUGCCACGAAGGGCGACAGCAAAAACGCCAAGAAGAAGAACAACAAGAAGACUUCUAAGAAUAAGAGCAGUAUGAGCCGAGCCAAUAAGAAGAAGCCAGGCUUGCCCAACGUGUCCAAUGACCUCUCUCAGAAACUCUACGCCAGCAUGGAGAAGCACAAAGAGGUAUUCUUUGUGAUCCGUCUGAUAGCAGCGCCCAUGUCCAACACGCUGGGCCCCAUCACGGACCCUGACGGCCUGAUGGCCUGCGACCUGAUGGAUGGGCGCGACGCCUUCCUCACCCUGGCCCGGGACAAACACUUGGAGUUCAGCUCGCUGCGCAGGUCCAAGUGGAGCUCCAUGUGCAUGCUGGUGGAGCUCCACAACCAGAGCCAGGACCGCUUCGUCUACACCUGCAAUGAGUGCAAGGGCCAUGUGGAGACACGCUACCACUGCACUGUCUGCGAGGACUAUGACCUGUGCAUCACCUGCUACAAUACUAAGGGCCACAUCCACAAGAUGGAGAAGCUGGGUCUGGGCCUGGAUGACGAGAGCAACAACGCAGCGUCCUCAUCCAUCGCCAACCCCGGGGACUCGCGGCGCCUCAGCAUCCAGCGCUGCAUCCAGUCUCUGGUCCACGCCUGCCAGUGUCGCAAUGCCAACUGCAGCCUGCCGUCCUGCCAGAAGAUGAAGCGCGUGGUGCAGCACACCAAAGGUUGCAAGCGCAAGACCAACGGCGGCUGCCCCAUCUGCAAGCAGCUCAUCGCUCUCUGCUGCUACCAUGCCAAGCACUGCCAGGAGAACAAGUGUCCCGUACCAUUCUGUCUGAACAUCAAGCACAAGCUGAGGCAGCAGCAGCUCCAGCAUCGGCUCCAGCAGGCCCAGAUGCUGCGGAGGAGGAUGGCCAGCAUGCAGAGGGUGGGUCAGCCACCUCCGGGACCGGGGGGAAACGGUGGACUACCAUCUCCGGGAAACAACGGCACCACCGGGCCCAGCACCCCCAUGUCUGUGGGCACGCAGCCCCCCACGCCUCAGACCCCCACCCAGGGGAACAUGCCCCAGCAGGGGAUGGGCCAGGGCCCCCCAGGGCAGCAGCAGGGCAGCAUGCCCCAGCAGCACCACAUGCAGCACCAGUUCCAGCAGCAGAUGCAGCAGCAGGGGGGAGGGGGAAUGAUGAACUCUCCUCAGCAACAACAGAUGGUCCAACAACAGCUCCAACAGCAGCAACAGGGCCAGUCUCCAAAUGUCCAGCAGAUGCAGCACCCAGGAGGUCUGCCCCCCUACACCCCCAGACCUCCAGGAGCCUCGCCCCUCCACCAGUCCCUGGGUAAACCCGGUCUGGGCCCAGCCACCCCUCCACAGCAGCAGACCAACCCUAGUCAGGGCUCCAUGCCCCAGGGGCAGCAGCAGCAGGGGCCUCCUCAGGCAGCAGUGGAGAUAGCGUUGAAGAUCCAGCGUGUGGCAGAGACCCAGCGUCAGAUGGCCCAGGCCCAGGCCCUCCAGAGGCAGCAGGCGGCCCAGGGUGGAGGCAUGAUCCCUCCUCACCACCAGAACCCCCAGGCCCAGAUGCAGGGCAUGGCCCACCCAGGAGCAGGCAUGGUAGGGCCCCAGGGCCAGGGUCUGGCAGGGAGGACCCUGAUGGAGCAGCAGGGGAUGGUGGUGGGGCCAGGAGGCAUGCAGCAGCAGUCCCAGGUCCCCCCUCAGGUUCAGCUCCAGCAGCAGGCCCGACUUCAGAACCCCAACCAACAGCAGUGGGGAGGCCCUGGUGGGAUGACCCCCCAGCAAAGGCAAGGCAUGAUGGGACAGAUGGGUCACCUGACACUGCAGCAGCAACAGCAGCUUGCCCAGCAACAGCAGCAGCGGCAGCUUGCCCAGCAACAGCAGCAGCAACAACAGCAAGGUCAGCAACAACAACAGGCAGGGCAAGGGGGGUUAAUGGGGUUGAUGGGAGUUCAAGGCGGUGUGGCUGGGGCGGCGGCGGCAAUGGUGGGGACAGGGAACCUCCCCCAGGCAGCUCUACAGGACCUCCUGCGUACCCUCCGCUCUCCCAGCUCCCCCGGCCAGCAGCAACAGGUCCUCAACAUCCUCCGCUCCAACCCCCUCCUCAUGGCUGCCUUCAUCAAGCAGCGAGCCGCCCGAUACCAGGGAGGUCCAGGAGUGCCUGGGGCACCGGGAGGAGGCCCAGGAGGGGGGCCUGGAGUCGUGCGGUUCCAGGGGGCCCCUGGUGGGGUAGGAGUUGGGCCUGGUGGUAACCAGGUUGUUAUGGAUGGUCAGCAGGUCAACGUAAACCCUGGAGCGGCCCAGGCAGGUAUGAACAUGGGCCAGGGAGGAGGAAAUAUACCCACUAUGGCUCAGCUACAGCAGUUGCAACAGCAGCAGCAGCAACUGCAGCAGCAACUGCAGCAACAGCAGCAGCAGCAGCAACAGCACACAGCAGCAACAGCAACAGCAGCAGCAACAGCAGCAGCAGCAGCAACAGCAGCAGCAACAGCAGCAGCAGCAGCAGCAACAGCAGCAGCAGCAGCAGCAGCAGCAGCAGCAGCAGCAGCAACAGCAGCAGCAGCAGCAGCAACAACAACAGCUGCAGCAACAGCAGCGCCCCCUCUUGCCUGGGAGUUUGCAGCAGCAAAUGGCAGCGCAACAACCGCAGCAACAACAAGGUGGUAUGCCAGGCCAAGGCACCCCAAUGUCCAACAUGACUCCCCAGUUCAGAGAGAUUCUGAUGCGAAGGCACCUGCAGCAACAACAGCAGCAACAACAACAGAUGAGUAACAAUGGUCAGUUCCAGCAGCCCCCCCAACAGCAGCAGCAGGGCUUCAUGCAGCAGGGCCAGCCUGGUCAACCUGGCCAGACCCAGUCUGGGGGAGGAGGGCCGCAGCAGGGGGGGGGUCAGGGGCCCCAGCCGAGUCCAGGGCAGGGCCAGCAAGGGCAGGGCUACCCUGGAACCAUGUCCCAGCAGGUAGCCACAGCCCUGCAGCAGAGGCUGCAGCACCAGAUGCAGAUGCAGCAACAGGA